AUCUCUCUCGGUUCUUCAUUCCAAUCUAGACAAUUCUAACCAUGGGAUCCUUUUGGACAACCAUUUUUCUGAUGCUGGCUUGUUUUAUCUUGUCUGCCAGUCCACUGAAGAACUACAGCAGCGCAUUGGCAAAGUCCAUCUUGUUUUAUAACGCACAAAGAUCUGGCAAACUUCCAGCCAACAAUCCCAUCCCAUGGAGGGGUGACUCAGCUCUCAAUGACUGUGUGGUGGGUGGAUGGUACGACGCUGGUGACUACCUGAAGUUGGGAUUGCCUCUGUCCUAUACAACUACCGCAUUAUUGUGGUCCAUCAAUAGGUUUAGCGAUGGCUAUCAAAGAGCUGGUCAACUCACACAAAUGUACGACAUGAUUAAAUGGCCCCUAGACUACUUCCUAAAGGCCUGGCGCCCUGCUCAGAACGAGCUGGUGGUUCAGAUUGGGGAUUCCACUGACCACUCCUAUUGGGGGCGUGCUGAGGAGAUGACGAUGACCAGGCCAUGUUUUAAGAUCAAUACAGUUACUAAGGGUAGUGAUAUAGCUGCUGGAACAGCCGCUGCUCUAGCCGCAGGAUCCGUUGCAUUUAUGCUAAAGGGUGACCUAGCUUACAGCAAUCAACUCCUCAAUGCAUCCAAAAGUUUGUAUACUUACGCCAAGGCAAACAGAGGCGUGUUCACUGGCUCUGCUGAGUUUUAUGGCUCCAGUGGGGACAGGGACGAACUUUGUGAGGCAAGUAUGUGGCUCUACAAGGCAACCAGGGGAGUUAAUUAUCUGGCAGACGCGAGAACUUUUGUCGAUAUGGAGACUAGCUGGGCUUACAGUUGGGACGAGAAAAUAGUUGGCUGCCAGUUGAUGUUGUAUCAAGAGACAGGGGAAACACAAUAUAAAGACUUCGUGGUGUCUUACUUCACUGCCUGGAUGCCAGGUGGAACUGUUACCUACACACCUUGUGGUCUGGCCUGGAGAAGUGACUGGGCCUCUAACAGUUACGCUGGAAACUCAGCAUUUAUCGCCCUGGUGGCUGCAGAUUCCGGCAUCAAUGCCGCUUCUUACCGGAAGUGGGCAGUAGAACAGAUAAACUACCUACUCGGGGACAAUCCUCACAGCGGUGGUUGCUAUAGUUAUGAAGUGGGUUACGGAAGCAAAUAUCCUCUGCAACCUCAUCACGCUGGAGCCUCUUGCCCUAACAAACCUGCAACCUGUGACUGGAGCCAGUUCAGUUCGACUGCUCCGAAUCCCCAGACCCUGCAUGGUGCUCUAGUGGGAGGACCUGACCAGUACGACAACUUCCAUGACGUCAGAUCCGACUACAUACAGAAUGAAGUUGCUGACGACUACAAUUCUGGCUUCCAGGGGGCGCUGGCUGGCAUCCUUCACGUUCAAGCCAUCAAUCAAUUUCCAGCAACAAGCAAUAAAUGUCCUUGCGCUGCCUAGAAUGCAUUUAAACUACAAUCACUUUGACUGACAUGUAACAAGGAAAACCAUUUGUAGGUUAUAUAAUUUUU